ACACUAAACUCAAAACACAUUUAUUUAGUUUUUUGUUGGUACAAUUUAUUCGAGAUUUUAUUUUGAGCGAGUGAAUGAGAUAGGGUUUAUCGAAAUGAAGAGAAACAACCAUUGCAGAAGACGAAAGCGCACGGAUAAGAAGAAGAAUCCACUGCCGUUUCUGCCUCAUGAGUUGAUAGUUCAAAUUCUUCUGAGGUUACCGGUGAAGUCUCUUAUUCGUUUCAAAUGUGUUUCCACUGAAUUUCCGACCAAAAUACCUUUCUCUCCUUUUGCUUUAGAGGAAGAGGAAGAUGAAGAAGGAGAUAAAAAAUUCUAUGGUUUUGGGUAUGACCAUUUAACAGAUGAUUACUUGGUGGUUUCAAUCUCCGUCCAUCCAUUACACUUUGAGUUUUUCUCAUUGAGAGCUAAUACCUGGAAAGAAAUUGAGUAUGCCCACCUCCCGUUUAGUCCUAUUGUCGGUCGGACCCAAGCAGGGUUGCUCUUUAAUGAUGGUAUUCAUUGGUUGGCUUAUCAUCAUGAUUUACGUAAGGGUGUUAUUGCUGUCUUUGAUUUAAUGGAAAGGAAACUUUUUUAUAUGGAUUUGCCAUAUAACUCUUACUGGUGUUGUGAAUUGUGGGUAUUUGGAGAAUUUCUCAGUUUUUCGACUAUGAAUUUUAGUAAUAAUACAGUUAUGAUAUGGACGAUGAAAGAAUACAAAGUGAAUUCGUCUUGGACUAAAACUCAUGCUGUGUCUGUUGAUGGCACUCCCAACGAGAGCUUUUCCCCAUUUUGUUGUACAAAAAAUGGUGAUAUUAUUGGAACAGAUCAGGAGACUGGAUUGGUGAGGUACAAUGACAAAGGACAGCUGCUAGAGCAUCGCCCCUAUUCUUCUGAAUUUGAAGCGGUUGUGUAUACAGAGUCUCUGCUUUCACUCCCCGGUGAAAGUGAACAAGCCUAAGAAGAAGAUAUGAGGUUGUGAAAUGUUCUUUUUCACCAUCCAUUUUCUUGAUAUUUAUAUUGCAUUAUGAACUCUUGGGCAUUUGUAGGGUACCAUGUGUUUGAAUUUGAAUGCAUUUUUGAUAUGACUCGGUAUUUCACAUGAGCUAAUGCAAUAGGCCAUGAAAUGUUUAUUAGUCAAACAUUUGUAAUAUGUUUAUCGAAAUUGUUGACAGAUUUGUGAGUGUGAUUCAUUGUUAUUUAUGCAUGUUUAACUAGACUGGUUCUAAUGUAUGUUCCAACGACUUCUUGAA